AUCUAUGGCUCUGGGGUCUGGGGAGGACCGCGGCGUGUGAGCGCGAGGCGUUCUCCUCAGCGGCCCUGCAGCUGAGCCGCCCUGCGAUCGUGGAAGUCCGGGCUGGGGGAAGCGUGACCGGCCUCGAAGAUGGCGCUCUCCGCCACAGUCACGAAGCGGGUGAAACGCAAGGCGCCCCGCGGCUUCCUCAAGCGCACCUUCAAGCAGAAGAAGCCGCACCUGCGUCUGGAGUCGUGCAGCGACCUCCUGAUUCAUUUGAAUUGCUUACUCUUUGUUCACCGACUGGCAGAAGAGUCCAGGACAAAUGCUUGUGAGAAUAAAUCUAGAGUUAUCAAACAGGAUCAUGUACUGGCUGCAGGAAAGGUAAUUCUGAGGAAGAGCAGAGGUUAGAGGCCAACACGUGUUUAAGAAUGAUUGCUUGUUACUUUAAGUGGUAACAGAUCAUGACAACUCUGUAUCAGUUCAUUUGUGGAUUAUUAAAAAGCGUCUCUGUGAGCAAU